AUGGCCGUUCCACAGACGACGACGACGUCGGCGGCGGCGGGGAUGCCGACGCCGACCUCAGAUCAAGACAACUCGAAUGGCGGCAACAACAAUUCCAAUGCCGAGACAUAUUACACAGAAAAGGCCGUCACGCUGAGCACGUCGUACCCGUCCCCCGUGCCGUCCCGCCAUGAAGACGCAAGCGCGCCCGGUUCAGGGACCGGAGGAGGUCGCAACAACGACAACGAUGCCGCCGCCGCGCCGCUGGCCGCCGUCGUCCCCUCGCGGCUGCGCGCCCUCAACGCGCGCAUCGAGGGCCUCGCCGGCUUCGAGGCCCGCGGCAUCACGCGCGUGCUGCCCGAGGAGCGCCGCCCCGCGAGCCUCAGCGACGACCUGCAGGUCGCCAUCAUGUGGUUCAGCGCAAACAUCUCGCUCAACAACCUCGCCGCGGGGAUGCUGGGCCCGCUGCUCCUCGAGCUGGGCUUCCUCGACUGCGCGCUGCUCGCCGUCUUUGGCGCCCUCGUCGGCAGCCUGACGACGGCGUACAUGGCCAUCUGGGGCCCGCAGAGCGGCAACCGGACCAUGGUCGUGCUUCGCUUCUUCAUGGGCUACUGGCCGUCCAAGAUCCCGUGCCUCCUCAACAUCGUCCUCAUGGUCGGGUACGCCACCAUCGACGGCAUCAUCGGCGGGCAGGUCCUCUCGGCCGUCAGCGGCGGCCAGAUGACCAUCAUUGUCGGCAUCGUCGUCGUCUCCGUCGUCUGCUGGGUCGUCGCCGUCUUUGGCAUGGCCCUCUUCCACAAAUAUGAGAGAUACUCGUGGCUCCCCCAGGUCCUCGCCCUCUUCGUCCUCAUCGGCGUCGCGGGCCCCUACUUCGACGCCUCGUCGCAGUCCAAGGCCACGGGCGCGCUCCUCGCCGCGCAGCGCCUCUCCUUCUUCAACAUCUGCCUGUACGUGCCCAACUCGUGGGCGGCCGCCGCCUCCGACUUCUACGUCUACUACCCGGAGCGCACGUCGCGGCGCAAAAUCUUCCUCCUCACCCUCGUCGGCCUGUGGACCGCCUUCUGCCUCGUCUACCUCAUUGCCAUCGGGCUCGGCACCGGCGUCGCCAACCUCCCCGCCUGGUCCGACGCAAACGCCAUCUCCUCUGGCGCCCUCAUCGUCGCCGGGUACGAGCCCCUCAGGGGCUUCGGCCGCGUCUGCUCCGUCAUCGUCGCGCUGGGCGUCAUUGCCAACAGCAUCCCGAGCACAUACUCGGCUGCGCUUGGCUGCCAGACGCUCGGCCGCUAUGGCAAGGCCGUCCCGCGCUGGGUGUGGUCCACGUUGCUCAUCCUCGUCGAGUUUGUCCUCGCCGUCGCUGGCCGCGAGCACCUCUUCCUCAUCUUUCAAAACUUCCUUGCCCUCAUGGGCUACUGGGUCAUGAUCAUGAUUGUCAUCGUCUUCGAGGAGCACAUGCUCUUCCGCAGGGGCAAGUUCGCCUUUGACUGGUCUCGCUGGGAGGACCGCAGCUACCUGCCCGUCGGCUGGGCCGCCUUUGCCGCGUUCCUCAUCGGCUGGGCCGGCGCCAUCCUGGGCAUGAGCCAGGCCUGGUACGUUGGGCCCCUCGCGCAGCUGGCGUCGACGGGCGACGUUGGCUUGUGGGUUGCCGUCGGCUUCACGCUCGUUACGUUUGCGCCGUUGCGCCUCAUUGAGAGGAGGCUGAUCGGCCGUUGA